GCUGUCCCUAAAUUGUUGAGUACAUAAGAGGCUCCCUGUGUGCGACCCUCUCAGCAUUCAAGACCAGAGUGUGAGGGGAUCCAGCUAUUCUGCCUCACAGCUCAGCAGAGCUCAUCUCACUUCUCCACUGUCCUCUUUCACUGACUGCCAGCCUUAUUUGUAUUCCUGCGGAUCUUAACGGGAUCAGAAGAGGUUGCAGAGUGUUAUUCGAGUGGUGGAGCGAGAGUCAGAAGCUGCCAGAGUCAUCAUGGCCAUGUCCCAGGAGCAGAGUGCGUGUCUGGGGCUCUGGGUGCUCCUUUUGCUUGGAGCAGGCAUGGAGGAAGUCGUGGAGGGAUGUAGCUGUAAUCCAGCUCACCCACAGCAGCUAUUCUGCAGCGCUGAGAUCGUGAUAAGGGCAAAGAUUUCCGGAGAGAAGAUUGUGUCGCCUAGCAACAGCUCCUCACCUUACAUGAAGAUGAUUCAAUAUGAAAUCAAAAUGAUCAAGAUGUUCAAAGGUUUCAACAAGGCCAAGGAUAUCCAGUAUGUGUACACUCCUGUCUUCUCCUCACUGUGUGGAGUCAAACUUGACUCCAACAACAAAGCAGGGUAUCUGCUCUCAGGAAGUAUGUGGAGCGAUGGGAGAAUUUCUAUUGGCCAGUGUGACCUGGUGGAGUCCUGGGACAACUUGUCACUGUCACAGAAGAAGAAUCUCAACUACAGAUACCAGAUGGGCUGUGAAUGCAGAAUCAACACCUGUUACACGGUGCCGUGUGCGUCUACAGGAGAAGACGAGUGCUUGUGGACGGACUGGCUGCUGGAUAACAGCUUAAACGGAGAGCAGGCUCGGCAGUACGCCUGCAUCCGUCGCUCUGACACAACCUGCAGCUGGUACCGCGGUGGACCCCCACCUGAGAAAGACUUCCUGGAUAUGUCUGACCCUUGACAUGUAAUUCUGAUACUCAUGUCUUUUAAUUUCACUCCUUCAAGUCCCAACAAACAUCUCCUGCUAUUGCAUGAAUAUUGCUCAGUUCAUCAGAUUUCAUUGUAAAAAAAAAAAAACUGAUAUUUUAUCAUCUCGAGGGAGCUGUAGGUUCUGUUAUAAGAGUUCAGGUGGUUUCUAUGACAAGCUAUGAUCAUUUUUAUUUCCCACUCUCAUUGUUUUCACAGACUGACUGGGCAAUUAGGUAGGAUGCAGCGUGCGCUGUACUCCCUUGGGGGUUGCAAGCUGCAGCGUCAUCCAUGCAGGUUGCCUGGCAAACUGAAACGACAGUCAGGAGGAAGCUAUAGGAUAGUAGUUGUAAAGGUAGUGGCUGCACGAUGAGGAGAAUGCUUCUAAACACACUGAAUAUGUCUGAUAAAGUUGUUUUUUUCUUAUCGGAAUCAGCUGAUUUUGGUACAAGAAUAUGAUUUGAUGAAAACACAGGCUAUAAUUCAGUUCAAGCUAACAUUUCUUGGGAAAACAGAACUACAUUCACACAUUUUCUGCUGCUUUUUAAGCACACCUAGUAAGCCCAAACUGUUGGAAAUUUCUUUCUAAUCACAGCUUUCUUGUUGAGGUCCACAUAGGUCUUUAAACUCUAACAAGCUCAGGAAAGUGGGACGCUGCCAAGAUGAUUUUCUCACUUUUUUUUGGUGUGAUCUGAUCUUCCCUCCUACUGAACGUGCCGAGGUGCCAUCACAAAGUGCUGCACCAGAUUUGAUUUUUUUUACUUCUAGACAAUGACUGAGUUCAAAAGAGGAGCACAGCCUACCCUGCAUCCUAUCUGAAAGCCCCUUGCAAACAGAAGCAGAGCAUCCUCUAAAAAUGAUUUACCACGCAGUCAGUCUUCUCUUCCUAUCUGAUGGUGUGGUGGUUAAUGAAUUACCAUAAAAAAUACUCUUCAACCUCAAAUGUGUUUAUACAAAGCUAACAUUGUAAUAUAGAUUGUAUAGGAAGUUGGGCAUUUUUAUGUUUUUUUUUCCACUCCUUCCUCUUCACACAUUUUGUUUUUGAUUAUGUAAACUAUCAUAAAUAUCCCUGAAAAUGACAAACACACCGUUUAUAUAUUCAAAGUGACAGACAUUCCCCCUAAACAGUUACAUUUUGCCAUGAUCUGACACAACAUGACUUUAAUUCCUGUAAAUCAGUGUCACAAAGUGCAGAGAAUGUAAAUAUUGUACUUCAGUGAGAACUAAUCCUUUAAAAGCUAACAGUGUCAUGUUUCACACAUUAGAUGGGUUUUGUGUGUGUAGUUUUCCUCAGUUGAACUCUGUACCGUUUCCUCUGCCAAAAAACUCUAAUCCAGCGCUUUAAUAACAACACUGCCACCUGUAGACGCCACGCCACCUCUCCUUCGAGGAUAUGAUGUAACAGGACACGGUUCAAUUCGCCCUUUUUUUUUUUUAACUCUCUAAAGGAACAGGGAGGUGGAUUUUCCACAACUUUGAAUUAAAUAGAUAAGACUUUAAAAAUAUUAGACACAAUUUAAGUAGAACAUAUAUUCAUGAAUAAGCUAAAAAUUGUUUCCAUUGUCUCUAUUUUAUAGAACUGCACCAUAUCCAUUAAGAGGCCCAUCUGUGAAUUGAGCCCUGUCUUGUUACUGGACUACUUCAGUGAAGUCACACAGAUUAAAAUGCAUUAUAAAGCGCUCUUUUCUUCAUUGAGAAACAAACGUAUCCCUCUACUGAUAAAAUAUUUAAAACUAACCUGCACAAUGCUAUAAUCCAUGAUAUUUUUGAAACAUCUGUUCAUAAUCAAACUAUGAAUGACAGGUGGGAUAAUAAUGCAUUUUCAACUGUAUGGCCUUAGUGAAGCAUUAUCAAACUAUUUCAUGUUUUGUUUUAUACUGAGAGAAUUGUUUGGGUUUGUAUUUAUGUCUCUGUUUCUGUCUGAAUAGAGUUUUCUAUUUCCAUGUACCAAAAAAGAUUGUAUAUAAAA